AUGCCAAUUCUUUUAAAUAAACAUCCAGUCUUUCUAGCUAUAGAUUCUACUAGCUAUCGAAAUAGCUUAAACCUUCUAAAUAUAGUCUUUAUGGUCAGAUCUGAUGAACCUCAUAGUCAAAUUGUAGCAAUAUUUGUAAGUGAUAAGAAAAUUAUACCAGUUGUUGAUCUUAUAUUUGAGUUA